GUUAAUGUUCACACUAGUAAAAGAUAGACUUUUUAGCAUUUGUUCACAUAACUCUGAGAAAGAUGGAGCUGCAUGUGUUCAUUCUCAUGCUUCUUGUGCAUGUUUCAACUGAGGUUAAUGUUGUACAUGAUGAUUUUUAUUUCAAUGGAUGCUCUGAUACAGAGAAAGAGGACAUGUAUGGAUUUGAUGGAGAGGAAAUCUACCAUGCAGACUUUAAUAAAAAAGAAGGAGUUGUGACAGUGCCUGACUUUGCAGAUCCCAUCAGCUUUCCUGGAUUUUAUGAGCAGGCUUUAGUAAACCAAGAAAUUGAUAAACAAAACCUGGCCAUCUGCAUUAAAGCUUACAAAAAUCCUCGUGAGGAAAUGGACAAACCUCAGUCUUCCAUCUAUCCUGAGAAUGAUGUCCUACUUGGUGUUGAGAAUGUCCUCAUCUGUCAUGUGACUGGACUCUUCCCUCCACCUGUCAGAGUGUCAUGGUCUAAGAAUAAUGUCAAAGGAACAGAUGGCAUGAGACUAAGUCAGUACCGCAGAAACAAUGAUGGCACAUUCAACAUCUACUCUUCUCUGAGAUUCACACCUCAAGAGGGAGACAUUUACAGCUGCACUGUGAACCACAAAGCUCUCGAUCAGCCUCAGACCAAAACAUGGAAUGUUAAUAUCGCUCAGCCCAGUGUUGGUCCAGAUGUGUUUUGUGGAGUGGGUUUGACUCUGGGGCUGCUGGGAGUCGCUGCUGGAACCUUCUUCCUCAUUAAAGGAAACAACUGUAACUGACAAGGAGGCAAAUUUGAAAAAUUAUUUGUAAUCAUAUUGUAGAUAAAAGUCUUAUCACUUGCCAAUGGUGGAUUUUAAAUACAGUUCUGUUUGUAAUUUGUCAUUGUAAAUAUUAUGCAUAAAGUAAUCGAUAGAUGCAUAGCUGAAUUAACCAUCAUAAAUUAUGUGACAGGUACAGCACUAACAUUGCUCCAUAAAACUCAAUUGUUUAAGAAUGCUGCAAUCCACCAACAGUUUGGCUUCCCAUAACACAAUCCAUGCUUCCAUCUCCAAAUGUCAUGAAAUGGUAGUUGAUCUUUUGCUUAUGUCAGAUUUUCAAGUUAUUAUGAAUAUUCUCUAGAAAAUAUACUUUAAAAAUGAAUUUUAACUGUUUAGACUUAUUUUUCUGGAUUAAUCCCAAAACGUUUUGAUUGUUAAUUUCUUUAGGAUUAAAUCACUUCCUGUUUCUUGUUGUAAUCCUUUGUUGUCAUCUAUUCAUUUACAGUCUUAUAUAUUUUGUAACAGACACAGCAAUAAAAGAAAGGCAAAUAAAGUUGAACGAAGGGGUGUGCGCAGGUGUAGGGCAGAACACUAAAGAACUAAAGGAACAGAGAAGACGCAAUGCAGCAGAUUUAUCCCAUGGCCAUGUUUUGUAUUUUUAAUGUCAAGAUACUUUUGAAAUGUAUCUUCUGUAUAAAAAAGUAAAACCUUUUCUGCUAUACUUGA